CCGCUUCUCUGCAGAACCCCGCAGAUCAUCGAUCUCUUCUUCCCAUCAAUCAGGUACACUUUAUCACUCUCAGUUUCGGUCCCGUUCAUUUGAAAAGGUUGGAGGUCGCCGUGACGGGAAUGAGGAUUGUGAAUUUUGCGCAAAACAUCUGGCCUUUCUCUGUAUUCAAGCGCGACGACUUGAGGGUUUCGGAAGGGUUAGUCAGGAGAUUAUCGAUUCCGGAUUGCACCAAACGGUUCGUCUACGCGAUUCCAGAUCCCGACUCCGGCGCUGUUGUGUACGUGGUGUGCGUGCAGAACCUCUCCGAGCAGUCGGCCUCGGAUGCCCAGUGCCUGAUUAGGGAAAUCCGGCCGGAUGCCGUGGUGGUCCAAGUCGAUAACAUGACGAGUGAUGCUCUCAGGGAUGGGAGUGGGAGUAAAUGCGAAAAGGGUUUCGUGAAAUCCAUACUUUUUGGUGGAAACGAAAACGUUUGCGAGGAGAAUUCGGUUCCAACCUCUGCGAUGGAGGUGCUAAGGAGGUGCUUUAUGCACAAGAUCAACAAGGAGAAGUAUGAGAGCAUGGCUGGGAACUUGGUUUUGAGUGAGAUUUUCGGGGUAGGGUUUGAUGGAUAUGUGUUGGCAGCCAAGAGAGCAGCAGAAGACGUCGGUUCAGCUCUUUUGUUGCUUGAUUCUCCUUUUGUUAAAAGCACCGACAAUGCCGAGUGUUCUACUACAGUGGGAGACAAAGGGUAUGGAGUUCUAGGAGUGAGGGCCCAUAGUAAUUCAGUUCUUCAAAGAACAUGGCAAAGUUUUCAUACAAAUAUCAGUAUCCAAACUCAAAUGGUUAAGCUAUCAUCAUCAUUAUCGUCAUCAUCACAUUUGCUUAAUUCCACUUCUGUUUCAAGAAACGAGUCCGAGAGUAUCAGUCCACAAGUGCAGUAUCAAGUUCCCCCAUUUGCUCAGUCUGUGUACCCUUUACUUGUUGAUUUGCAUGAUAUUUUUAUGGACAUCCCUUCAAUAACUAGAGCACUAGCUUAUGCUCAGAAAAUGUUGUACGAUGUGAGUAGAGGAGAGAUGGUGAAAGCCGAGGUCCUCUCUGAAGUUUAUGUGUUCAGAAUUGCAGUCGAGUCGUUGAGAAUCACCUUAAAUAAUGCCAGUCGGCUCCCUAUUAGUAAAACCAAGAACGAAAGCCGAGAGUUUUCUGAGUUAUCUAUUGAGGAUAAAUCACAUGCACUUCUUGCCCAGGCUCUCAGAAGCCAAACAAAAAAGUUCAAAACAAUCGUUGCAGUACUGGAUGCACGUGGGCUAAUCGGGCUUAGGAAACACUGGGAUACCCAUGUACCCCAGGAAGUUAAGGAUAUGGUUGACCAGCUGGUGAUUGGCUGGGAGAGUGGGGAAACUUCAAAGAUGGACAGAAAAAGCUUAUUAGCCGGGAAACCAGUUGUGGCAGUAGGGGCAGGUGCUACAGCAAUGAUAGGCGCUUCAUCCCUAUCCAAAGUUGUCCCAUUGUCCACUGUUAUGAAGGUCGUCACCUUCAAAUUUCCCACCUCAUUGAAACUGAUGAUGACCCAGUCCCAAAAGGUUGCAGCAAUUAUGCUUGGGAAAUCAAAGGUUGCAGCUCCGGCGGGCAUGGGGCUAAAAUCCUCUUUCUUUAAGACAGCUGCUUCUACGGGGAAAAUUAAGGCAGUGGCCCAUGGCUUCAUAACCUCAGCUCAAAAAACUAGUUUCUCAGCUAUGAGAAGUGCUUUCUAUGAGAUUAUGAGGAAACGACAUGUACGCCCGAUUGGGUUUUUACCGUGGGCCACGUUUGGGUGCAGUGUGGCCACCUGCUCAGGAUUAAUUGUUUAUGGGGAUGGGAUUGAGUGCGCUGCCGAGUCACUUCCCUCUGCUCCUUCAAUUGCAAGUUUGGGUCGUGGGAUUCGGAGUUUGCACGAGGCCUCUAAGGCUGUGGGGCACUUUAGAGUCCCUUCUUCACAGUUAAGAACAUAAAAAGUCAGAUACCUUUCUUUUGUGAGGCACUUUUAUAUUGGCCAUGUUUGCCAUUGCUUUUCGCCCCAGUCUUUUGGCGCCUCCGGUUUGCAAACAGUGGUGGGAGUUUUUAGGGGUUUGCAGAAACAACUUCUGUAU